AUGGGGAGGACUGUCCAGAGGCAGCUGAGAGAGGGGCUGGCAAGGAUCGACAACAGCCAACUUCCCGGGAAACUGAAGGUGUGAUGUUACCACUUCACACUGUUCCAGCGGGUGAUGUGACCACUGAAAGUAGGUGAAAUUCCAUCUUCUUUGGCCGGUAAGAUGGAUGGCAUCGCCAAUAGUUACAUCAGGAAGUGGUUGGGCCUCCCCCGUUGUUUCUCGAAUGUAGGUCUCUUCGGCAAGAACAUGCUGCAGCUUCCUCUGAAGUCCAUCAAUUUAGGAUACAGGCAGAAGAAGACCCACCUUUUACUCGAGCUGGGAGAAACCAGAGACGAAGCGGUGAAGGGCGCAGCGGUGAUGGUCCGUACCGGCCGGAAGUGGAGAGCCCAGUACGAAGUGGACCAAGCCGUCUCCAGGCUGCAGCACAAGGAGAUCCUGGGAAGAGUCCAAGACAGCCGGGCAGGGCUGGGCUGGGGGCAACCAGUCCAGUUCUGGUCUAAAGCCACAAGGGACCAGAGGAAGGCCAUGGUGGUGGAAGAGGUCUCACAAGUGGAGAAGGACCACUACCUUGUCAAGGUCAUUUCCCAGGGGAAACAGGGAGCAUGGACUCGUUGGGAGGAUACCAUCAACAGAGUCAUAACCUGAGCAGACAUCUGGCGAACUCCACAGUCACAGCUCAGCUUCCUCAUAAGGGAAACGUAUGACACCCUCCCCUGUCCUCGAAACCUCGCCCAAUGGUUCGGAAGUGAGGGCAAGUGCUUCCUGUGCAGCAAGGACAAUGCAGGUCUCCAACACAUCCUGUCAGGGUGCAACAUCUCGCUGACGCAGGGGUGCUUCCAGUGGCAGCACAAUCAGGUGCUAAGGAAGUUAGCAGAGUACUUGUAG